AUGACCCUGCACGAUCUUACCAACGACAUCAACACCAAAAACCUCAGAGAUGAAGGGCUCCCGUCCAUGACCAACAAUAUGAGGCUAGGACUUAGAUACAGUUACCAUUUUGUGCUCCAGCCAGCUCAUCUGGCCGCUGCAGCCGCCCUUAUCGCCCUCAUAACCAACCGUCAUUGGAUACGUCGCGCCUUGUCAAGAGCAUCACUCUCAUUACAAAGCGUCCUCUCAAACAGCUUCUUCCAAGCCUCCCAAGCGAUCUUUGGCUUCAGAUACAGCGACAAGAUCGAUGAUCAACACAUCCGCCUCCUCCGCCUCCCAGACGCAGCCACAGACUCCUCACCAGCCUUCACCCUCCACACAUUCUCUCUCAACCAAUGUCCCCCGUAUCUCGCCAUCUCUUACACUUGGGGUCCGCCCGAAGGCGAUCCAUCUUUCUACACGGCUCAUGACCGACAAUGCAUCCUCCUCAAUGGAAAGCCCUUCCCGGUGUUGCCGAACCUCUGUGACGCGCUGUCACAGUUGUGCGCCGCCAGGCCUGGGCAAUAUCUCUGGGUCGACAGCAUCUGUAUUAACCAGGCCAGUCUCUCUGAGCGCUCUUCCCAGGUUCCCAUCAUGGACAGCAUCUACAAUGGGACAGUCGAGACGAUGAUAUGGCUAGGUCCUGCUUCAGACAAGACGCCUCGGGCUAUGGAGGUAGCCCGACAACUAGCAGCAGGCGCAGAAAGCAAGAUUCUUGAGUUGGCCAGAGACCAGUCGUACGGGGACGUCUUCAUCGUGGAUGAUCCAGAGGUGCUCAAAAGAAACGGCUUACCACCCCUCACUGCGGUCGACUGGAUCGACCUCGGUGACAUCUACACCAGAGCCUGGUUCGGACGGGUAUGGAUGCUCCAGGAGGUUGCCCUAUCCCGCAAUCCAACAGUUCUAAUCAGUCACUACGAGGCUCCAUGGGAUGUCAUAGCAGACGCCGCUGCCCUCACUGGUAUGUCCCGCGCCACUCUCGGCCUUGUUGCCCUAGGGAACGGCCGUGAGGGCAUUCCCCUUGUUCAAGGCCUCCUCCACGCCAUCAAUCUUCAGAUCGUCCGCCAAUGGAGUCAAGGCGAAGCCAGUCGCUUUCGAGAAGUCCUCCAAAGCGUAAACUUUUCCUUCGGCAUCGAUACAAGUCAUCCCUGGAGGAUUCUACUGCAACUCUUACUGGGAAGCAACGGGUCCAAGGCAACAUUCCGAAGAGAUCGUGUUUAUGCCCUCCUUGGCCUCGUGAACCACAUGGCACGGCUCGAAGGACAACCUCGUCUCAAUCUCAAAGUUGACUACCACUCAACCGACGAUCAAGUCCUCACAAAUCUUGGAUUCGCCUUCUUCCAAGAAACCCAAUCUCUACAUCUCCUCUCCCUCGCCGGUCUCGCUAGCCGUGGCACCAGUUCAAGUUUACCUACCUGGAUUCCUUCUUUCGAGACAGUCCAUGCUCCCAUCCUCAACCCGAACUAUAGUAGCCUCCGUCCAUUUGAUUCCUCAGCUGGCCAAGACGUUGAAUUCACUAUCGAUCAAGACCGCCAUCAUCUCCAUGUCAAAACAAUCAGACCUCAUCUCGGCAGCAUUGAAGAGGUUGGUGAAACAUGGUCCGAGAUGCUCCAUGGUAGCCUCAACAAGUCCAUGCAGAUCCUCCUCCACUGUGGUACAACAUACCUUCCCACUCAGCAACCCAUCGUUGAAGCCUUCUGGCGCACUCUCAUCAUGGACAAUGACUUGGUCCAGCGCCCAGCACCACCAAACCUCGUUGAGGCUUUCAGCGCCUGGAUGACCAUCAUAACCAUUGCCGCCCUAAUCGCUCAUCGCCCUUCCAACCCUACCAGCUUCAAUCAUUUCGAUAGCCUCGAACCGCUGUGGACCCUUGCAAACAGCAGAGAUUCCACAAACAGCCUCCCCAAGACAAAGGAUAUGAUUCCCCUAGCCUUCGAGUUGGGCAUGCCCAAAAACCCCGACGUACCAGUCAUCUCCGAAUCAGAACGCCGGGCCAGGUUCGAGGCCUGGAAUAAAGCCGCUGCUCCUUUCGAGGCCCUACUGCGCUUGACCCUCGUACCCAACAGACGCAUUGCGAGGACCAUGAGAGGCUACCUUUGUCUAGUUCCGACCGAGGCCCAAGUUGGGGACAAGGUCAUGAUUGUCGCUGGGUGUCCCACACCCUUGGUCCUGAGGAGGUUCAACGACAUUGACGACUGCUUCAGCCUAGUCGGUGAUGCCUACGUUCAUGGCGCCAUGUUUGGGGAACAUGUGACAGGAGACUUUUGGUGGACAGACAUUUCACUGGUUUGA